UUUUCCAGACAUCAACACCAACAAUAUUUCGCAACCGCCAUACCGCAAACCAUUGAACCUCAAUGGCAGACUACGAUCAACGCCCCCGCGGUGGUCGCGGAGGCUACAAUAACCGCAAGAGGAGAUACAGAGAUGAAGAUGAUUACGACCGCCGACCGCAACGCCGCCGCUACGAAGAGCCGUUGUCCUCGCGGGUCCGCAAGCAGUUCUUGGCCAUAGCGGAAUCUCCGCUGAAGCGCGUGGAGGAUGAGGUCAUGGCUAUUGCGAAGAUGGUUACAGAGAACUCUGAGGAUGAGGAUGUCAAGAGUGGGUUCUAUGAUCUGGUUAUACAGUUGGUGAUUGAGCAGCCGUUCAAGAUCCCAUUUGUGGCGGCGGUGGUGGUGGUCGUUAAUACCUUGAAGAGUGAGAUGGUCGAGGAGGUGUUGAAGAGGACGGGGAUCAAGGUCAAUGAGGCGAUUGCGAGGGGAGAGUGGAGAGAGGUUAAGCUUUUAAUGAAGUUUUUGGGUGGGCUGCAGGGCUUGCUUGAGGCUGAUGGUGUGUGGGCUGUGUUGGAGGAGUUCUUGACGAAGGCGGUUGAUCUGCAGACGGACAAUAAUGAGGAGACGAUUGGUCCAGAACUGGUCAAGAUCGUUCUCUUCACGAUUCCAUACAUUAUGUCUUCUUCGGCAAGGGACAAUCAGGACAAAGCGACCGCUAUGGUGGAUAAUACGGCUAUCAUCGCUUUAGAGCCUCACGUCUUACAAGCCUUAGUCGACCCAUAUCCUGGAAACGGAAAGGAGGAGCCAGAAUCCCCGAAUGGAGUCCUCAACCUGCUCCAGAAGCAACUACAGAACGAGGCAGCCAAUGGCUGGGAGUUGGCUUGUCUUCCGAGACCAUGGAGAGUCCUAGAAGAAACUAGCCAGGAGCCUGCGCCCAUGCAUGCUUUACCUUCUAUCGUCCUCCCGGAUGUCGUUAAUGCUGGGCCAAGACCACUCUUCCCGGAAUUGUACUUCUCGGUGUACGCAAACCAGGAUGUGGAGACGGUUCCACCAACUUCAGAUAUUGCGUCUUGCUUAUUGCGUGAUGCCAUUGUUGAUACUAUCAACAUUCUGGACUACAACCGUACAGCAACCGCUCGAUUUCUUAUUGAUAUCGAUUGCUACUUUUCACCUGGUACCUUCGUCAAGCGGGCUACCCCCUUUGAUAGAGUACGAGAUAUUGAGGGUGACAGGUCAACAUGGAAGCCCGAGGACGUUGCUGUUGAUGCUGUAUUCUCUCAACUCUUCCAGCUUCCUACCCCAGAGCACAAGCUGGUGUACUAUCAUUCCGUCCUAACCGAGUCUUGCAAGAUUGCACCGGCUGCGAUCGCACCCAGUUUGGGCAGAGCCAUCCGCUACCUGUACCGAAGUGUCGAUUCCAUGGAUUUGGAGCUCAGCUACAGAUUCAUGGAUUGGUUUGCUCAUCAUUUGAGUAACUUUGGCUUUACCUGGAAGUGGACUGAGUGGAUUGAUGAUGUUGAGCUGCCGAAUUUGGAUCCUAAGAAGGCUUUCAUUCAAGGUUCUUUGGACAAGGAGAUUCGGUUGAGUUUUGCUCAGCGAAUCAAGGGUACUCUACCUGCUCCUUAUCAACGGCUUAUCACACCAGAGAAGGAGAAGGAUACUCCUGACUUCAAGUAUACGAAUCCAGAUACACCUUUCAGCGCCGAAGGUCAAGAAAUCCUGGCACUCCUUCGCAAGAAGUCCCCAGAAGACGAAAUCCAACCAGUGAUUGACCGCAUCCACGCCCAGGCGGUCGAGAUGCAUAUCCCUGAUCCUCUCGUCCUGUCCACUGAUGCAUACAUGACAGCAAUCUGCUAUCUUGGCUGCAAAUCAAUGUCCCACAUCCUCAACUUUAUCGAGCGCUGCAGAGAACGUCUUCUUGCACUCGGCCCCGUGUCUCCAGCAGCACGCAAGCAAAUCGUCGACUCUGUAAUGAAUUACUGGAGAGACCAACCCGGAGUCGGAGUCAGCAUUGUGGAUAAGCUCCUCAACUACACCAUCCUGAGCCCAAAUACUGUGGUGGAAUGGGCCCUUGCGAAAGAAGGUCCAAGAUUGGGCGAGCCGCAUGUUUACGAGAUGGUCAGCGCAACAAUGAACAAAGUCACGCGCAACGUCCGACGAGUUGUCCAGGCCCAUCAUGUCCUUGGCCCUUCCCCUGAGAAGGAGAUGUUGAGAGAAACAGCAGAGAGGGAGCGAGCGAGCAUGAAGGAGCUUUUCGCCUUGAUGGAAGAUUCUCUUACGGGCUGGGCGAGCGGAAGUAAAGACCAGACGAUCCAGAGCGGGGAUGGGACGAGUGGUGACGAGAAGAUGGUCAGACAGUGGGGAGAGAGGUGGUUGAGAGUCUUCAGGCGGAAGUUUGCCGUUGAAGAGGCUUGGUAUCUGGAGGUUGAGAAGGCGAUGGAGAUCAUGUCUCAGCAAGUCCAGGCUCAAGGCACGGCUGGGGAGACGAAUGGCGCUAUGGCUGUUGAUGGUGGGGAGAUUUCGUAAAUUCUGAUCACAUAAAAAAGAAAGAUGCGAGGAGGAAAAGUCACUGAAAUGGUAAGGGAAAGUGCAUAGGCAUUGCAUGGUGGUGGAUCUGAUUUCCACCUUUUGUAUUAGGGGAGUUUAUUGUACAUUACAUGUGACAAAAAGCAUUUUCGCAUCUGUGCCUCACUCACUUCGUUCUGGCUUUUGU